UAAAGUGUGCAAAGAUCUUAGUGACGAUAAGAGCCACGAUGUCUUACUGUAAAUGGUCUAUUCCGGUAGUAACAAUCAUGUGGAUAUGCGUUUGUACUGUUGGUAGUAAAGAAAACAUAUUAAAAAGGAUAGAAAUAAAAGCAUUAAUUCCAAGGUCUGACUGCAAUAUCAAGCAGUUGAUACCUUUCCCUGUAGAAACGGAUACAAUGCGAUGCUCUACGUUUGACAGGCAUUACAGAUAUUUGGUUCCAAACGGCUCGCUGUGCCAGGUCACAAGAAAUGAAACUGUUUUACAAUUCCACUGCGUCGAAGGUUUCUGGAAACUUUCAAAAGGAACAGACUCCCAUCUGCGACCAAAACGAUUUAUAAUCGAAGCUAUAGCAGCUGCUGCAGGUGUAGUUUUAGCAGGAGUAGCAGUUGGUAAUGUGAUUUAUUGUUUUUUUAAACAUGGAAACAUGAAAUGUGAAGAAGAAACAAAAAAACUUGAAGCACCAACGUACACUGUUUGUCCUCCCUCUGAUAUCCAGUCAGUGUAUAUAGCCGACAAAAAGAAAAAGACGGUAAAUGUCACUUGGACAGAUCCUUCUGCAACGGAUGAUAAAGCAGUAGUUUCAAAUGAACAGACUGUUGGUGUUAGGAAAGGCGAUCCGUUUCCAGGAUCACCGAAUGAAGGGCAAUCUCACACUAUUAUUUAUACAGCCAAAGACGAACAUGAACUUACAGCCAUGUGCAGUUUUUCAUUUCAUGUUAAAUAUUUAGCAUGUAAUGAGCCACCAAUUCCGAUGAAUGGACGGAAGGUCUCGUGCCCAGACGGUUAUAUCUACGGUGGAGAAUGCACGUUUGAAUGUUUUGAUGGAUAUGAACUGGUUGGUAGUGGUAAAACAACAUGUCAGCAGAACGAAAUUUGGGAUAACUCACCAAUAUGUAAAAAAGUGACAUGCAGCCCUCCAUUUACCACUACUAAUGGAAUUGUUACGUGUGAUGAUACCAUUUAUGAAUUUGAGGAUGAUUGUCUGUUCUCAUGUGAUGAUGGAUUUAGACUGAAUGGACCAUCAAAAAUGACAUGUAGGGCUAAUAAGACAUGGUCGGUAGACAGCAACAAUGUCAAAUGCGUUGAUGAUGAACCCCCUAUCAUUUCUUGCCAGACCACUCAGUUAUUCUACGCUGAUCGUGGUACAUUUAACACCUCUGUCACAUGGAUUGUUCCAACGGCUACUGACAACGUUGAUAGAAAUGUGUCCGUAUUGCAAACAUCUGGUCCUGAACUAGGAGACAUUUUGUCAGAGGGUUUUCAUUCGGUGAUGUAUAAAGUCACAGACAGUGCUGGCAAUUCCUUCGCAGCGCUAUCUGAAUGUACAAUAGUUUUAGACGUUAAAGUGAUCAAAUGUUUCACUGGUCCAACGGAUUCUUUAAGCAACUCCCGUUUCAUGAUGUACAACUGCAGCGAUACGUUAUUUUAUAAUGGUGUUUCCUGUAUACUUUACUGUGACCUUAACUUGCCAUUGAUGGCACUAACCUACCAAAAAGGGCAAAAAGACGGACAAUUAAUGGUGGAUUGUCCGCCAAUAGACCCGCCUUCACAUGGCAGUUUAACGACUGACUCUAUAAACGCUCGACCUCUCCACAUCAUGUCUUGUCAAAAAGGAUAUGAUAUUCCGUCUGUGGGAACACAAUUCCAAGGGAGGCUAUCGUGUCAAGAUAGUGGAAAUUGGUUUCCUUUAGACGAUUUUCCUGACUGUAUAGUUUCGACUUCACCUUGGUUGAAUCUACCGAUGGAACUGUAUUACGACGGAGACUGCAAUGACAAUGACACAAAAACACAGAUUAAAGAACAGGUUUUAGUCUACUUAGCCGGAGUAAAAGCUGAUAUUGACAACUCUAUAUGUCCCGACAACAACACGUGCAAAAUAGAAAAUUUAGAUGUCGUCUGCGGUGAUACGCCAAGCAGAAAACGGAAAUCUGCAACUUCACACGUUAUCUACAAACGAAAUACGUACGGUUUAAUAAGAUUCAAUGUUAUGAAAAAAUGGCGCCAAGGGGACAAGUCAACACAAGAUGCAUACAUCGACAUUACCAAUGACUUGAACAGUAUAGCUGACAAAAUAGAGAAAGAUGCUCACGGCGGUAUAAUUUUAAAUGGGGAGGGCUUGACAUUACCUAUUGACGGCGUACAGAAGGGUACUCCGAAUCUGUUUUGCGAUCCAGGCUAUAAAGUUGAUACAGGAAGUCUGUCAUGCAAACCCUGUCCAGCUGGGUUUUACCUUGACUCUGAUUCGGGGAAUUGUGAGGCAUGUAAAAUAGGUGAAUAUAUCGACCAUGAAGGGGCCAGCAAAUGCAAUCUUUGUGAAAACGGCUACAGUACACUAGCUACUGGCACCAAAGACAUAAGCAAAUGUUUAAAAUUAUGCAGCCCUGGCUAUUUCUCCAGUACUACAAUGGAGCAAUGUUCAGCUUGUCCAGUUGGCACUUACCAACCAGAAAAAGGCCAAUCUUACUGUCUCUCAUGUCCAGCGGGUAAAACCACUAGUAAAACAAACAGCACAUCUGCAGAUGAUUGCGACUUAUUUGACGUGUUCGUAAAUGGUUUAGCUGAUAGGACUGUAAUUGGGUCUUUCACAGCUGAUAAUAUUUCAGUUUUUACAAUGGCUAUUUGGCUGAAGGUACAUGAUGAAAUUAAUAAAAAUGUGACAAUCUACAUUGGUGAUUCCAAUGGCGAUAUUGUAACUCUUCGAGUAGCAAGUGAGGUCUCAAUACAAGUUGAAUCAGGAAACGUUGUUUUGACUAGUGCAAGGUUGUCACCCAAUUACUGGACACACAUUAUUUGUGAAAUUGAUAUAGCCUCUGGCACCUUGCGACUAUAUGUUGCAGGGUCAUUGGAAGUUGACAUGGGAAUAGCAAUUGAACCGUCACGCACAGUGUCUGCCGGCAGUGUUGAAUUAGUUGCUGAUUCUAAUGGGUUUUACAUGUCAGGAUUAGUCCUUUAUGGUCGCGCACUUACUGAAGAUAAUAUUACGUCAUUAUUACAGACAUGCGCAGUUACACACAGUGAUGAAUUGUUUUCCAUGUCUGGGAUAAUGCCAAAUAUCAAAAACGGCAUUGCUAUCACAACACCAACCUCAUGUGACCCGAUUAACGAAUGUGCUAACAACCCUUGUGGGAACCACACUUGCGUAAAUAUGGUAAACGAUUUCUCGUGCAUUUGUCACGGAGGAAUGACUGGGGAUUUAUGUGAUGUUCCACCAGAUUACUGCAUAAACAAUCAGUGUAUUCAAGGUGACUGUCAGUCUGGCAAUGGAACGUAUAGCUGUACUUGUAAUAAAGGAUACAGUGGAGUUUUUUGUGAUAUACCUCCAGUAAAUGGAGGCUGGUCUCAGUGGGGUGAAUGGAGCGGAUGUGGUGUCACCUGUGGCGGCGGUCUUAAUUCUAGAUCAAGGAACUGUAAUAAUCCAACUCCAUCUCCUUAUGGCAAUGAUUGUGAAGGAGAUAACAUAGACUCUUUUAUUUGUAAUGAUCUAGCAUGUCCAGCUUGUCCACAGCUAAAAAGAAAAUAUGGUGCAGUAGUAAAUUGCCACAAUGUGUCAGCCACUUUGCAAAAAUGUAACAUGACUUGUCUUCCCGAUCGAGCUUUAGCAAACGGACAAACAAACUUCGUUGAAUAUACCUGUGGUGAAUCGACAGGCCACAGAUGGCAUCCAACUGAUAAAAUCCCUGAAUGCGUUGAAGUAAAUCGACCUGACGUUUUGGGGACACUGGCAACUGUAGAGUACACAGAGCCAAUAUCCGUGUCGGCCCAAACCGAUGUUAGUGCGGCAGUUGAGGAUAAUUUAUCUGGAAUUAAUUGUAUUAAUAAAGAAGCAUGUUCAAUAACAACAACAGUUUCUAGUAGUAACCAAAGUCGUAAUAGAAGAACACCAUCAACAUCAUUAACGGUGCAGUUUUCAAUUAAACUGACAGAUACAGGCGAUUUAGAUGCGGCAGGAUAUCUUUCUAGAGGAAAAGAAACAUCUGCCAUGAAAGAGUUACUUCAGGCGCUUGGUUCAAUUAACGAUGCCAUUGAAUAUAUACAAAACAACACAGAAUCAAUAUUUCAAGUUACUGUCAACGGUGUUGAUUAUACACUUGAAAACACUUCAGUAGAUUUUGUAGCCACUGUUACAUGUCCGAACGGAUACGCUGGUGCGGAUGGCAUGUGUGCACAUUGUCCAGUGGGAACAUAUCUUGUUGACGUCGAGUGCAUAAAUUGCAAAAUAGGAACUUAUCAACCUUUGACUGGACAGACUGAGUGUUUGUCUUGUCCAUCUGGAUAUACCACAGCCACAUUGGGAUCUUCGGAUAUAUCUGAAUGCUCAUUGAAAAUAUCAAAUGAAACUGAUGAUGACGACGAUGUUGACGACAAAAAUCAAGUCAAAACGUACAACAACACAACUGUUAUCAUAAUUGUGGUCGUCUGCGUAGUUGUUGUUGUUGUAGUAGUUAUCGUUGGCAGUGCUUGUCUGAGGAAACAUCUUAAAAGGAAACGAGUCCUGAAUAUAAAAGCUAGAUGGAAGUUCUCAGGCGUAAGUGUUAGUCAGCAGUAAUAAAGUUAUAUCUGUUGCGCUGCAUGACAGAUGAGGUGGAACUUUGGAAGUAACGUUGUUGCUUAAAGCGAGCAUGAUACGCUGAUUUUAAAGGGAUAGUAUUAAACGGAAAGUUGGUGUGCAUGAUAAACUUAAUUUGAAAAAUAAAAUAGAACACUCUCAUUGGAUAGAAUUUAAACUACUAAUUACUAUUAUAGGUGUUGCCUUUGUCAAUACAAAGAAAGAAAAAUGUGGAAAUGAGUUGUGAAAAUUUAAUUCGACCGGCUUAACUGAAAAUUUGUAUGAAAUGCUUUUUUAUCUAAAUUUUGUUUUCGUUAUUGCAUCAAUAACCAUUUUUAUGACUUUGACACUGUUUUUUUUCUUUACUCUACACAUGUUUAUUUUUCUUUAACAUAGACAUUUGGAUAUAAUGUUUGAGCGUGUUUACUUAUUGUAUAGAAUUAGAAUAUAUAUGUUUUAGAUAGAAUGUUUGAGCUUGAUAGCCUUAUUUUAUAGAGUUAGAAUAUAUAUGUUUCAGAUAGAAUGUUUGAGCUUGAUAGCCUUAUUGUAUAGAAUUAGAAUAUAAAGGUUUUAGAUAGAAUGUUUGAGCUUGAUAGCCUUAUUUUAUAGAAUUAGAAUAUAUAUGUUUUAGAUAGAAUGUUUUAGCUUGAUAACCUUAUUUUAUAGAGUUAGAAUAUAAAGGUUUUAGAUAGAAUGUUUGAGCUUAAUAGCCUUUUUUAUAGAGUUAGAAUAUAUAUGUUUUAGAUAGAAUGUUUGAGCUUGAUACCCUUAUUUUAUAGAAUUAGAAUAUAUUACAAUUGGAAGAAAUGUUUAAAGAUAUAGAAUAUAUAUAUUUUAGAUAAGAUAUUUGAGUUUGUUUACCACUUUUAUAUAUUUAGAAUAUAUUACUUUUAGAUAGAAUUUGCUUGUUUACCUUUUUAAUAGGAUUAGAGUAUAUUACUUUUAGAUAAAAUAUUCGAGAUUGUUUAACCUCUUUUUAUAGAAUAAGAAUAUAUUACAUUUAGAUGAAAUAUUAUGGCCUGUUUCACUCUUAUCUAUAAUAAAACUAUAUUAUAUUCAGAUAUUAUUUUUGAGUUUGCUUACGUCUUAUAUAGAAUUAAAUUGGUAUUUGUCGAUUCUGUAUUCUAUUGUCUCUAAAAUAUGUGGUGUUUAAUAUAUUGCUUGAUUAAAAUGUUUUUUCCGCUUUAAUACUGCCUCGAAGAAUUAUAUCAAACCUUUGUGAGUCAACAAUUUCUCAUUUUCAGGAAAGAACGUUGUUUUAGACAUUGUAAAAAUACAAAUCUAAAAAUUCUGUAAAGCAUUUAUCCUUUUAUGGAAUAAAUUAAAAAGAUGUUUCUGUAAUACUUUUGUAUGAUCUGUAUGUAAUAAUGUGUAUCCCAUUUA